ACCAACCGAGGAGGGAAGACAGGCUGAAUUGACUUCUCUGCAACCUUCUGUGGAUUUUUUAAAUCAGUGCAACUUUGUUUUUGUCAGUUAAGGAGCUAUCAAAUCCCGAUUUUAAUCUACCGAGUUUCCACCUGCUGAAAGUAAGAAUUUAGAUUUGUUUUUGUGGUUUUUCAAACAGGAGCGACCAUGUGGUUGGUGGAUGUAUGAUUUUAUGAUUUUUCACUGCGGAUUCUGUUUAUUAUGGUUUCACUAUAAACUAAGUUUGGUCUUUUUUUAUCGCUCUGUGGAAGUCUAGAAAAAUGUCCGCAACCACUUGAAUUAACGAGUUGUUGAAAUAAGUUUGAUUAUUUUACCGUCGACUUCAAACGCUCAGUCAGUAAUUUAGGAGAUUUUGUUUUUCCUUUAAUAACGUGGAAUUUGCCUAUCCAGUAGUCGGGAUGCUGACUUUAGUAGUAGGACUUUUGUACCUGGUCAGUGGACGCAUGGUGCGAAGCCAGGAUGCUACAGGUAGCCGCUUCGUUUGUAACGCGAUUCCCCCGGGCGCAGAGCCGGGCUGCGGAUAUGGACCCACGGGGAACCGUGUUCAGAGCAGCAGCCCCGUGGAGGACGAGCUGCGGAACACGAUCAUCCAGCUCCGGGAGACCAUCCUGCAGCAGAAGGAGACCAUCGUAAGCCAGCAGGGGACCAUUAAGGAGCUGAACUCCAAGCUGGCGCGCUGCGAGGCGGCAGCCGACGAGUCGCCGCAGGGCAAGUCCCGGGGUCAGGGCUCUAGACGGAAGGAGUACGGGAAGAACACCAUGGGGGACCUGCCCCGGGACCCCGGUGAGACCAUAGACCAGCUGGGCAAGACCAUGCAGAGUCUCAAGGGUCGGCUGGAGAACUUGGAGCAGCAGAGUUUGCGUCUCCCCAGCACGAAUGUGUCAGCAGGAGGUGUCUCGGCCCUGGCACCCCUGCCACCAGAGCUGCGGGAGCUGUUGCGGCAGCGUCUGGGAGAGCUGGAGACCCAGCUCCUCCGGAAGGUGGCCGAGCUGGAGGAGGAGAAGAGCCAGCUCUACAAUGAAACAGCGGCCCACCGCCAACGCACCGAGAGCGCUCUCAAUUCCCUCCUGGAGAGGAUCACCGAGCUUGAGAAAAGUAACAAUGCCUUCAAGUCACCUGAGGAUUUCAAGGUGUCCCUCCCUCUUCGCACUAACUACCUUUAUGGACGCAUCAAGAAGAGCCUCCCAGAGAUGUACGCCUUCACCGUAUGCAUGUGGCUCAAAUCCAGCGCCAGCCCCGGCAUCGGAACCCCGUUCUCUUACGGCGUGCCAGGCCAGGCCAACGAGAUAGUCCUCAUCGAGUGGGGGAACAACCCCAUCGAGCUGCUAGUUAACGAUAAGGUGGCCCAGCUCCCUCUGUCAGUGAGCGACGGGCGCUGGCACCACAUCUGCAUCACCUGGACGACUAGAGACGGUUUCUGGGAGGCUUACCAAGAUGGCGAGCGCCUAGGCACUGGGGACAACCUGGCCCCCUGGCACCCAAUUAAACCUGGAGGGGUGAUCAUCCUGGGCCAGGAGCAGGACAUAGUCGGAGGUCGUUUUGAUGCCACCCAGGCCUUUGUGGGCGAGCUGAGCCAGUUCAACAUGUGGGACCGAGUACUGCGACCCGUGGACAUCAUGGGUCUGGCCAACUGCUCAGCCUACAUGCCGGGCAACGUGGUCCCUUGGAUUGAUGCGAACGUGGAAGUGUUUGGUGGUGCGAGCAAAGCUGCUCUGGAGAUCUGUGAAGAUCGUGCUUUUGAUUCCUAAAGGAUCUGAUGUGAGGAAAUUCAGUAUCGCCGCAGGGAUCCAGAAGCCAAGUAUUCUAACUGUUUGUUGCUUCAGUCAAAUCCCAAAGAAAAGGGUACCAGUGCAACAUUUUUACAUAUUUAUAUGGUAUGACUGCGCAGUCUCAAAGACUCAACACCUGUUGAUGUGUCCAUUCAAUUUGAACCGAGAGGACAUUACGGGAGACUUCAAAUUAGUGUUCUCAUCUGAAGAAGAUAUGCUGUUGCAUCAGUCCACUGUAAUGAUAUGACCUACUGUCACUCUGUGCUUUCUCUUCAGUAGAUCAGCUUUCAUUUGACUCCUCUUUGAAAACAGCUCUUUUCGGUUGCAUUCCUUACACUGACAAUGCUGCACUGUAUUCGUAGUGAAUGUGAGCUCAAACAGGCUUUGAUGUGCCGUGGAACACUAUUCCUGAGUAACAUGAUAGAGUACUACAUGCUGCGAGCUUCCUCGCUGUUUGAAGAGCGAUGAGGCGCCGAACCAGAAAGCGCAGUGAAAUGAGGUGGAUGCUCAUGAGUUCAAAGUGGACGAGAACAACCCUGUUGAUUAUUUUGGAAACGUGGCAGAGUGUCUACAUAUUAUGCAUGGGCCCCAGCAAGAUUGGAAGUCAGUUCAGAAGCGACAGUGCAUGCUUUCUGUCAAUACACAGCGCGUGUGUGCCCAGUGCGUCCAAACAAGCCGACGCAGAUACUGACAGCGUUACGUAAGAGUGUGUGUGUAUGUUCCUGCGCGUAUGGCUUGUCUUGCGUGUAAAAUGACCAGAGAUUAUGGGGGAGGGAGGACAUUUUCAUUCUUGUAAAUCUAUGCUUAAUACCUCUCUGCCCCUUGAGCAGCUGCCAUAUCCCAAACAGCUUUAUGGAUGGGCUGGCUCUGCUCAGGUUAAUAGCGAUGUCGGACAGCUGCCCAGGACUGGCGUAUCGACAGAGCUGUGGACGCCUGCCGAGUGCCCAGCGAGGGCAGGGGCCAGGCUUGACCCUCAAGGACGAUCCUUAAUUCCUCAUCUGGGUAGUAAUUAUCUGUGUUCAUGAAUGAGUGAGGCGGGGAGCAGCCACCAGUCCGCUGGUGUUUCUCAAAGCUAAGUGCGCCACAAUCGAUAAAAUCUUAAGUUGUAAAGGGGAUGUCAAACGAAAACAGCACUCUGCAGACAUUAUGAAUGUCUUAAUUGCCUCUCACCGAACAAGAAGACUUGUUUUGAUCCUCUGAUAUGAUAUAUUUUUAAAAGAAUGUAGGGAAUCAAUGGAUUUUGGCACCACUUAGUGAAUAAAAUUGACGCUUUUUGCAGCUUGAUUUAUCUUAGUCCUUAACGUCGUGGUGGACAUCUGUUUCGCUGUUCGUCAAUAAAAUAUUGAUAGGAAGCCUGGCGCUGGAGGCCCAUAAGGAGACAAUGAAAAAGAGGCAACAAAGACAUAAACUUUGGUAACUUUUUUCCUCCUUGUGGAAUUUUCCUCGCUGAGUACAAAACACACGAGCACAAAAGCCAUUAAAAAGCUUCUGUCAAUGUUAGAAAAAAGCAGUCGAAUAUAGAGAAAUUUUGCAGAUACGAUGCAGUUGGUUACAGGACAGCGCAGAAUGUUCUAAAACUGAGGGUGCACUUGUUGGAUAUAUCGCCAACAUGCUGUGAUUGUUCCUCUUUUGAGUGUCUUUGUUAACAAUGUUUCAGUGUAAAAUCAAGAGACGUCUUUCCUGUAGAAAGUGUAUUUUUCUUGCUUUUUCUGCUCAUGAUUUUUGUCCAUUAGCAGCACAUUAUGUAACAAAAAAAUCCAAAAAAUGUUGAACAGAAAUGCUUUGUUUAUAUGGUGAAUGGCCUUUAUUUGUGAGAACCAUACGUGCUUUCACUUGUGGAUGAUUCAAAGUUUCAGUAGCAGCUCAGACAAUGAGGGACACAAGACAAAGAAAAAAAUGUGUUUGCUGUCAUUGUUUUAAAGUCACCUUCAUGUGCGGUACCUGUUUGAGUUUUGCACCCUUCUGACAUGUGGUUGAAUGUCCUUUUGCACCCAAUAAAAGAGUGAACAAAUUCCAGAGGCGUGGCAAUUAAAGCAGAGACUCAAUAAGGUGACGGAAUAGCUGAGCAGCUGUUUGAACAGUUGAAGCAUGUUUGAUUAAAAUAUCAUUGCACUGCAUUAGUGAUGAAGUCAGAGUGGAGUGUACCUCUGCCAAGGUCAUGGAUGUUUCUUAAUAAUUAAUCUCUGAUGGAGAUGAACACAUCCCACUGUUUUUGACAUUUCUGGUCGCACUAAA